AUGUCUACGACUACUUCCAAACUCCCUUCGGACUUCCUGUGGGGGUUUGCGACAGCUAGCUAUCAAAUUGAAGGAGCUAUUGAAGCUGAUGGCCGUGGGCCUUCGAUCUGGGAUACUUUCUGCAAUAUCCCCGGGAAAAUCGCGGAUGGGUCCUCUGGAAAGACAGCUUGUGACUCGUACAAUAGGACCUCUGAGGAUAUUGCGCUUUUGAAAUUGUGUAGAGCGGGGGCGUAUCGAUUUUCUCUCUCCUGGUCCCGAAUCAUUCCUCUAGGAGGUCGAAAUGACCCGAUUAAUGAGAAGGGGCUGCAGCACUAUGUGAAAUUCGUCGACGAUCUGCUUGCUGCUGGGAUCACUCCCAUAGUCACAUUGCUACACUGGGACCUACCGGACGAGCUACAUAAGAGAUACGGAGGCUACCUUAACAAGAAUGAGUUUGUUGCCGAUUUCGCCCGCUAUGCUCGCGUUGUCUUCAAGGAAUUGAGUCCUAAGGUUAAGUAUUGGAUUACUUUCAAUGAGCCAUGGUGCAGCUCGAUUCUGGGCUAUAAUACGGGUCAAUUUGCCCCGGGUCGUUGUAGUGAUCGGUCCAAGAGUGCCGAGGGCGAUAGCAGCCGCGAGCCCUGGAUUGUUGGGCAUACCCUCCUUGUUGCUCAUGGUGCUGUAGUGAAGAUUUACAGAGAGGAGUUCAAGGCUCGAGAUGGUGGGGAAAUUGGCAUUACACUCAAUGGCGACUGGGCUCUACCCUGGGACUCGGAGAACCCAGCCGACGUCGAGGCAGCAAACCGAAAACUCGAAUUCUCCAUCUCAUGGUUUGCUGAUCCCAUAUACUUCGGCAAAUACCCGGACAGCAUGCUCAAGCAGCUAGGAGACCGCCUACCCACCUGGACAGAGGCAGAGCGCGCCCUCGUCCAAGGAAGCAAUGACUUCUACGGCAUGAACCACUACUGCGCGCACUUUAUCAAGAACAGGACCGACGAGCCGGCCCCGGGUGAUUUCUUUGGAAACAUAGAGAGCUUGAUGGAAGACAAGAACGGAAACCCUGUCGGCCCGGAGACGCAGUCCGAGUGGCUACGUCCGUAUCCGUUGGGCUUUCGUAAAUUGCUAAAAUGGUUGAGUGAUCGAUAUGGCCGGCCGAAGAUCUACGUUACGGAGAAUGGGACCAGUUUGAAAGGCGAGAAUGACUUGCCGUUGGCACAGUUGCUGGACGAUGAAUUCCGGGUUGAGUAUUUCCGUGGCUAUAUCGGGACAAUGGCUGAUGCGUAUGCGCUGGAUAAUGUCGACGUGAGAGCGUAUAUGGCGUGGAGUUUGCUGGACAACUUCGAGUGGGCAGAAGGAUACAUUACUCGUUUUGGAGUGACGUACGUCGACUACGAGGGCGGGCAGAAGAGGUACCCGAAGAAGAGCGCCAGUGAAAUCGGCAAUAUCUUCGACGCGUAUAUGGAGAAACCAUAG